CCAGGAGCCAAGGGCUCGGCGGCUACGUCAGAGCCCCGCCGGGGCUGUUUAGGACUUUGCGCUGUGUGCAAAGUUCUAAACAAGAGUCCCGGCUUCCCGGAUGGGCUGGCUCCCCACUCGACUGCCCGCCCAAGGCAGGACCUGAGGUCUGAGCUCUGCCCUGUCUGUACGAUGCCAAGGACGCAGCUCUGAGCUGACUGAGAGUAACACUUUCCUGGAGCAGAAAUCUGAUAUCCAACACUCUUGGCCUUGAACAAAAUGGAGGAAUUAAAAUUUGACGGCACGGAGCGCCUGGCUGUGGACUACGUGGAGGGGAUCCUGCAGCCCACGCCCACCUGUGACACCUGGGACCAGAUCUGGAACUUCCAAGCCAGGCCUGACGAUCUGCUCAUUUCCACCUACCCGAAAGCAGGAACAACCUGGACGCAGGAGAUCGUGGACUUGAUCCAAAACGAGGGUGAUAUUGACAGAAGCCAGCGGGCACCUACUCACAAGCGAUUCCCCUUCAUCGAGUGGAAAAUCCCAGGCCUGGAAUCUGGCUUGGAACAAGCUAAUGCGAUGCCCUCACCACGUUUCCUGAAGACGCACCUUCCCAUCCACUUGCUGCCACCAUCAUUCCUGGAGAAAAACUGUAAGAUAAUCUACGUAGCAAGAAACCCCAAGGACAGCAUGGUGUCUUAUUACCACUUCCAGAGGAUGAAUAAGGGGCUUCCUGCCCCAGGAACCUGGGAAGAGUACUUCGAGAGUUUUCUGGCUGGGAACGUGUGCUGGGGCUCCUGGUACGACCACGUGAAGGGAUGGUGGGACGCCAAGGACCAGCACCGCAUCCUCUACCUCUUCUACGAGGACAUGAAGAGGAACCCAAAGCAUGAAAUUCAGAAGCUGGCAGAAUUUAUUGGAAAGAGCCUAGAUGAUAAAGUUCUGGAUAAAAUUGUCCAUUACAGUUCAUUUGACGUCAUGAAGAAGAACCCAAUGGCAAACUACACGUCGGUUCCAGCUGAAUGCAUGAACCACUCUAUUUCUCCAUUCAUGAGAAAAGGGGCCGUGGGAGACUGGAAGAGUCACUUCACUGUGGCCCAGAACGAGAGAUUUGAUGCAGAUCACAAGAAGAGGAUGGCUGACACCACCCUAACCUCCCACUUCCGAUUCUUGUAAGGAAGACAAAGAGCCCGAGCCCACCAGUGU